CAAACAUGUGGAUUGGAUUUAAGUAAGAUGAAAAAGAGAGAUAAGUUGAAAAGAGAGCUCGCAAUUUAACAAUUUUUUUACUCUCUCUCUCCCCCACUAUAAAUAGCGCCAUGCAAGAGCUGAGUUCGGCAUCGAAUAAAAGCAAUGGAAUCACGGGCACCACCUCUCCAUACUGGUUCUUCCGUGGUGAGCGUCCAAGAGCUCGCCAAAGAAGCCAUGGAGGCAGUUCCAGAGAGGUAUGUUCGUCACGACCAAGAACCACAAAUCUUCUCUUUCUCUGGUAAUGGAAGCACCGAAACGCCAGUCGUUCCAAUCAUCGACUUGGGGAAAUUGUCCUUGGACCAAACUGCGGGUGAUCAUGAACUGCAGAAGUUGCAUGAGGCUUGCAAAGACUUGGGUCUCUUUCAGCUGGUUAACCACGGGAUAGGCCCUUCUCUGUUGGAGGAUCUAAGGCAUGAGAUCGAAGAAUUUUUCAAGCUUCCCUUGUCGGAGAAAACGAAGUUCGGGGUAAAGCCGGGAGAGUUCGAAGGUUAUGGGAGUGCCCCACGGUCGGAAGGAAAGCUUGAUUGGGGCGACAGGUUCUUCAUGAUAGUCAACCCCGUCGCCAAAAGGAGACCUCAUCUCUUUCCGGAGCUCCCCUUGUCACUCAGAAACACCCUAGACUCCUACAUUAAGGCGACGCAAAAGCUGGCCAUGCAGAUGCUUCGCUUGAUUUCAAAAUUGUUAGGCAUGGAGAUGAACGAGAUGAAAGAUCUAUUUGAGGAUGGCUUUCAAACUAUGAGGAUGACGUACUAUCCUCCGUGCCCGCAGCCGGAGCUUGUUGUAGGGCUGACACCGCACUCGGAUGCUACCGGCAUCACCAUCCUCCACCAAAUCAACGGGGUCGAUGGCUUCCAAAUUGAAAGGGGUGGAGUUUGGACACCUAUUCACAUUCUACCACAUGCCCUUGUAGUGAAUGUGGGAGAUACCAUGGAGAUUCUUAGCAAUGGUCUUUACAACAGCAUUGAGCACAGAGCCACGGUGAAUUCGACAAGAGAAAGGAUCUCAAUUGCUAUGUUCUUCAACCCUAAGCUGGACUCAGAAAUUGGCCCAAUCCGAUCUCUGACGACUGCGGAAAAUCCAGCCUUGUUCAGAAGGAUAACGACGGAGAAAUAUGUCAAAGACUUCUUUUCCCAUGAGCUUAACGGAAAGUCCUAUUUGGAGAGGAUAAAGCUUCAACCAGAGAAGGCUGUAGCUCGUCAAGCUUAGCUGACGAAUCGAAACAUACUUUAGCAUCGCAAUAAGAGUUUGUCAC